AUGGCCGAGCUCAAGCUGCCGCUGACUUCGACUAAUGUCCGAAUGCGGGAGCCGUCGAGACGGACGUCAUGGCGGCUGAAGACGGCUCUCUUUGCCGGUGUCGUGCUGCUGUCUAACAGCUACCACACUGCCACGACAGGCUCGUCCUUCUUCCGCCGGCUGGUCUCGUGCCACCACCCAGCUGCCGUCACACCGUCAUUGCCGCAAUGCCCCGCCCAGAGGGCGAUUGGACCGUCGGCUCGGCCUGACAUCACGGAGAACAAUGUGCAGAAGCUGUUCCGAUCGGCGGAAUUUCGCAACCUGAGCGUCAGCCGUCUAGCUGGUGCCGUGCAGAUUCCGACGCAGGACUUCCAGGAUAUGGGGCGUAUGGGCGAGGAUGCUCGUUGGGAUGCCUUCUACGACCUGCAGAAAUAUUUUGAGGAAACGUUCUCGCUCCUACACGAGAAGCUGCAAUUUGAAGUCGUCAACGAGCAUGGCCUCUUGUACACGUGGCGAGGUAGCAACAAGACACUUAAGCCGGUGCUACUUAUGUCACACCAGGACACGGUCCCGGUGGCCGCAGACACAUUUGCAGAGUGGCGGUAUCCGCCUUUCAGCGGGCACUUUGAUGGGACCUACAUCAACGGGCGCGGCAGCCACGAUUGCAAGAACAACGUGGUGGCAAUCCUGUCGGCGCUGACGGCACUGCUGGAGCAGGGCUUUGAGCCGGAGCGGACAGUAGUGGCAGCCUUUGGUUUUGACGAGGAGGCAACCAAAUACCGAUAUGGCGCGGCGCGGCUGGCCGAACAUCUCCGGGGGAUCUACGGUGAUGGUCCAGAGGGCGAAGACGCCUUUGCCAUCAUCGUGGACGAGGGCGGCCUGGGAGUCAACCGGCAGUUCGGCCGGACGUUUGCGACGCCCGAGACAGGUGAAAAGGGCUAUCUAGACAUCGUGCUGGACGUGCACGUGCCGGGAGGCCACAGCAGUAUUCCGCCAGCCCACACGGCCAUAGGCAUUUUGGCAGCAGCAGUGACACGUCUCGAGGCCGAGGCCGAAGACAACUUUCCGUCGCGGCUGGCGGCCGAGAACCCGUUCUACUCGCUGCUGCGCUGCGCAGCCGAGGAUGAAGCGACCGUGGACAUGGAUCCGGCCUUGCGUGCGGCCCUGCGUGAUCCCAGUGACGAAGGACUUGCGCGAACGAUUAUUCUUCUGAGCGAUGACGUUGAGGCGGCCAGCUUGCUGCACACGUCACAGGCCGUGACCAUCUUCCAGGCCGGUAACAAAGCAAAUGCGCUGCCGGCUUAUGCGAGCGCGCUGAUUAACUACCGUGUCGCCGGCGAGGAGCAGCUCGAUCAGGUGAUUGUGAAGCUGAUCCGCACCGUCCGGCCGGUGGCCGAAGCUAUGGGCGUCCGGCUGGUCUACGGGCCCGAGAAGGGCAUCGACGGCGGUGAUGCUGAUGACGACGACCUCCCGCAGUUCACCCUGCGGCUCUCGUGGAAGACGGCUCUGCGGGAACCAUCGCCGAUUUCGCAGACGACGUCGUCCAGCUGGACAUACCUCGCGGGCGUCAUCAAGCACGUCUUUGACGAGCCCGGUUUCGGUAACAACGUCCUCGUCUCGCCCAUGUAUGCCGGCGGCAACACGGAUACGCUCUUCUUCUGGGACCUGAGCUCGCAGAUCUACCGCUUUGGCCCCGUCCGUGCUUGGCAUGACGAGGGCUGGGGGGGAGUCCACGACGUCAACGAGAGGAUUGCUCUCGAUGCCCAUAUGGAGGCUAUCUUGUUCUACCACGAGUUCAUCCGCGUUUUUGACGAGGCCGAGCUGUAA